AUGAUUAUAAUAGUGAGAUUGUUGGGAAGUUGCAGGAAUGACAAGCAGGUCACGGCGCUUGACACUAAAGAUAUUACUAAUGGGUUUCAAACGAUCUUCGCUACGGUUAGUGAGCAGUUGGGGACGCUUCACCAGAAGCUGGAGGAACUUGGUGGACUUGGUCAGAAGGUUACUAUUACGGUGGAGAAAAAUCUGCCAUAUUUCGAGACCGGAGGUGAUCCAGAUAUGAAUGCGGCCUGCGAGAAAUUUGCAACGCAGCUUAAUGUGAAGAUUAAGAAUAGGGUGGGGGGUAUUAGUUCGUCUGAGAUAGCCAAGGAAGUUGAGACAAAUGGGAAGGAUGGCAUUCUCACCGACAAAAGAAAUCCCACCAACGAUUCAGAUUUAACGCUUGCCGUAGACGGCAUCCUCCCUAAACUCGCCUCCAAAGCGAGGACAGCUGCCGCAAAAUUGGGAUGGCUCAUCGGCAGCGGUGAUACCGAUGGCAAAAUAGGUAACGUGGAGGCGGCUAUAAGAGUUGUCAAUAGUCUCGGUGACCAUCUCGCUGGGGAAAUUAAAAAGACUGACUCACCCUCUCAAGGCCAAACGAAUCUCGGCUACGACAUCCAAGCCAAGUUAGGCACUGCAGCAACCAACAGCGAAGUGGACACCAAACUCGGCGAACUCCUCCAACAGGCAGUAAAAAAUGGCAUCGAUAAGCUAAAUAAGAAAGUAAAAAACAUCGUCGACAUUGAACUCCGUGAUGUCCACCCUACAAUAGAUGAACAAAUCAACAGGCUGAACAACGCAGGGAUUCAGCCCGGCAACAUACGAAAGCUAGUCAACGGUCUUGAAGCACAGAUCAACGGGCUGAAACCUCUAGUAAGCGGGGUUAAUGAUGAGGCCGGAGGAUUGAUCCUACGGCAGGUUGGCGAUCUGAGAAGGCGUGUGGGCGAACUUAAAGAUAGCAUCGCGGAAAUUAAUUCAGCUAUCAAAGAAUUUAAUAAGUCCUUUUUAGCAGCAAUCGAGGCCGCCAAAUCAGCCUCUCAACAAGCCCGCAAGGAACUCAGUGAAGGUAUCGAUGGCCUGCUGCAGACUCACCUCACUCAACAACUCAAGAAAUUGGUCAGCGCGCAAAAUAAAUUGAUUACCGAAAUUAUAGAGAAUGACAAGAAGAAAGGUCUCAAAGGCCUGCUGAAGGAGAUGUAUAAGGACAGUGGAAGCAAAAUAAUGGCAUUAAAACUGGAAAGAGUCGAAGAGAAAGAACAGUUUAAAACGCUUUCAGAGAGAUUUAAAGACUAUUUAGAACUCAUUUUCACAUACAUCAAGGGACAACUCAACACUCCAAGUUCGUCGCCACCCAACUCCACAACCAAGGAGCCAACCAAAAUGCUGGGUGAAGUGCAAAGUAAACUCGGCAAUUUGCUUACUCAUCUUGGCACAGCGAAACAUUUUGAUAGUCUAUUCGUAUUGCGCUUAGAAUCGUUUUCCACUGAACUUGGCAAAUUCACGCCGUCUCAAUUCGCCGGCCCAAAUAACUCUAAGCUGCUCGACUCACUUAGAGAUGGGCUGCAGAAAUUGUGUGAUCAGCUGGACAAGGCGUACGUGUCGGCGUACUCGGGAGACUACUGGAAUGGCAAUAACAAAAACAAGUAUGCUAAUGUUUUCUGUACUAUAAUGCAUACGUUCCGUAGAGAUUUUGAUGAGUUGCGUGAUGGGUUGUCAGGUGCCAUGUAUGACAAGUCGAUUCAUCUAGCCAACAGUAACUCCCUCGGCAGCUUUUUCAAGGGCUGCAAUUACAACGUGUCGAAAACACUGGCAAACAAGGUGGCGAAUUGA